AUGAUUGACAAUUUGCUAAACAUGGGCUACAAAUACAAAUCAACACAAUUUAGUAACGAUGAUACUCUGAUAAAGAAAGGAUUCAUUAUUCACGUUUUUAAAUGCUUCUACGGAAAAGACAUAGAAGAGAGUAAUUUCAUUACAUUACGUGAGUAUCUUCGUACUCAUCCUGAUGCUCGUGAUAAAUAUAAUGAAUACAAGAAACGUCUAAUUGCCAAUACCCCACACAUGACAAUCAAAGAGUACGCAAGUAGAAAGGACCGGUUUGUUAAUGAUUUACUUGAAAAAGCUGUUGAGUGGUACAGGCAACUCAAGAAUUAUGUUCACAUUGGUGAUUUUGAUGAGGUAAAGAAGCAAUGGUCAUGUUGCAAGGCAUUAAAAGAUGAAAAAAGCACGAUAGAUGAAGGCAUGAUAUCAGAAGCAGGUGGUUAUAUUGGCUGUUGUCAACCAGGACUACAAAAGGAUAGCUAUCAUCCCGGACGAUAUUAUAAUACAGAAUAUAAUUUUGUCAGAGGAUGGUGGACAUGUUGUUCCCAAGGCCGACAUUCAAAUGGAUGUGUCAAGCUGAGAUUAUUGGCCAAUGGAGAUGUAUUGCUGAGAGAUUACGAGAAGUGGAGUAUUAAUAGUGUUUGUCGAUGGGUAAAAUCAUUACAAGAUAUUAAUAAGGAUUAUUCAGACAAUUUUCGUGAACAAGGUGUCAAUGGUCACUUAUUAUUAACAUUAAUAGACGAUGCAGUUUUACAAGAUUUAGGUGUAUCGAGAGUUUUACACCGAAAACUAUUUUUAAAAGCUAUCGAUGAAUUGAAAGAUGCACCAUAG